CAGUGAAGAGAGCCCCCCGAGCCGCCAUAAUAUUGAGAUGAGCAAGAAGUUGAUAAAUUCUCCAGAUAGAGCGGUAGAUGAGUCUCUUCAUGGUCUAGUUAGUGUUCAUCCCGGCCUGAGGCUGUUGUCUGGUCAUAGAGUGGUACUCAGAGCUGAUAUUGAGGACCUCAUUAAGACUGGAAAGGUAACUUUACUGUCUGGAGGUGGCAGUGGUCAUGAACCCGCUCAUGCUGGUUUUGUAGGUAAAGGAAUGUUAAGUUGUGCUGUAGCAGGAGCUGUGUUCGCAUCACCUCCCACUGAUUCCAUACUAGCAGCAUUAAAGGCUAUCUUUUCACCAGCCGGUGUACUAAUGAUCGUUAAGAACUACACUGGAGACAGAUUGAACUUUGGCAUUGCAGCCGAAAGAGCUAAGAGUGAACUAGGACUAGAUGUUAGAAUGAUUAUUGUUGGUGAAGAUACUGCACUACCAUCCACUGGUAAAUCAGCUGGCAGGAGAGGACUAUGUGGGACUAUAUUAGUACACAAGAUAGCAGGAGCAAUGGCAGAGAAAGGUUGUUCAUUGGAUGAAGUAGCAGCUACUGCUCAAGAAGUGGCAGACUCCAUUGGUACAAUGAGUGUGAGCCUGUCUCCUUGUUCUGUUCCUGGACACAAACCAUCAUUUCAAUUAGGAGAGAAUGAGAUGGAGUUAGGCCUUGGGAUUCAUGGAGAAGCUGGAGUAGAGAGAACAAAUUUGCAAUCAGCUAAUGAGGUAGUUGCUAGGCUGUUGGAUCACCUUACCUCCACUGAAUCAGGAUAUCAGUACUUCAAUCCACCUAAUGGUACUAAUGUUGGAUUGGUUGUUAAUAAUUUAGGAGGAACAUCAAAUUUAGAGUUAUCUCUCAUUGCUGGUUCUGCCAUUGACUAUUUAACUAGCAAGUUAUGCUAUAAUGUCACAAGAGCUUAUAUGGGAUCAUUGAUGACUUCAUUGGAAAUGGCUGGAGUGUCACUAACAUUAAUAAGAAUUAAGGAUCACUGGACAGAAUAUCUUGAUUAUCCCACUACUGCUCCUGGUUGGCCCAAUCAGCCACUAGGUCCUGAUGGUAGUCAGGAGAGGAAUAGUAACAAUGCUACAAUAAUAGGAUCAGGGAGUAAGAGGGAAACAGAGUUGAAAUCAACUAUUGGGCCACCUGUUACUACUGUUGGUCAGAAGAUGAGAGAUUGUGUAGUCUCCAUAUGCAAGUCACUGACAGCUGCUGAGGAAGAACUAGAUGAUUUGGAUAGAGGAAGUGGAGAUGGCGAUUGUGGGAGCACUUUAAAAGCUGGAGCUAAAGCAUUGACUGAGUGCAUUGAUAAGAUACCAUGGGAUGAACCCUCAGAAGCAUUGCUAUCUGUAUCUGAUGCCAUUGAGAGAAGUAUGGGAGGAACAUCAGGAGCUAUCUAUACACUGUUAUUGACAUCAGGAUCAAGGGUGAUUGGUAAAGGGGAGUGUCUCAGUAAGUGGGUGGAGUCUCUGAUGGAAGGAAUAAGAGCCGUAAAGCAGUAUGGUGGAGCUGAUGUAGGAGACAGAACAAUGUUGGACUCACUAGUUCCUGCUGCCAAGGCAUUACAGAGGUCCAUUACUGAUAGCUCCCCAUCACUGGAUGCAUUGAAGGCUGCUGUAGAGGUACAAUGCACUGAAU